AACAGACUCCAUUGCAAAGCUCAUUGCCUCUCUCACUCUUUCUUCACAACACAAUGGCAGUUUCUGAUGAGAUUGGAGCUCUCACAAGGGCCUUCUCAGGACUGGGUAUCGAUGAGAAGUCAUUGAUAUCGAUACUGGGGAAAUGGCAUCCGGAGCAGAGAAAUUCAUUCAGGAAAGGAACUCGUAACUUCUUCAUCGAGGAUGAACGACAGUUCGAGAGGUGGGACGACCGUCACAUCAUCCAAUUGGAGCGUGAGUUCCUGCGUUUUAAGAAUGCUAUGGUGCUUUGGACCAUGCAUCCUUGGGAAAGAGAUGCCCGUUUGGCUAAGGAGGCUCUGUACAAGGGACCGCAGUAUGGUGUGCUCAUAGAGAUUGCAUGUACUAGAUCGUCCGAAGAGCUAUUGGGAGCAAGAAGAGCCUACCACUCCCUCUUUGAACGCUCGAUAGAGGAAGAAGUUGCCUCUCGUGUCGGUGGAAUUGAACGCAAGCUCUUGGUUGCACUUUUGAGCUCAUAUCGUUAUGAAGGUCCACGGGUCAAUGAAGAAAUUGCAAAAACCGAGGCUAAAACACUUUGUAAUGCCAUUAAAAAUGCUGGUAAGAAACCAGCUAUUGAGGAAGAAGAGGUUUUGAGGAUACUAACUACAAGAAGCAAGCUCCAUAUCAAGGCAGUGUACAAACACUACAAGGAAAUCAGUGGCAAGUAUCUCGACCAGGAUCUUGAUGCUGAGUUGGGCUUAAAAGAGACAGUGCAAUGCCUAUGCUUACCUCAAACAUAUUUUAGCAAGGUGAGAUCAAAAUACAUAAUUUUGCCUCCAAAAUUCCCAACGCUUUUUUCAAAUAAAUAUUUUCACAAAAACAUAUCCUCUCAGGUACUGGAUGAUGCAUUGAAAACCAGCGUGGAUGAGAUUACGAAAGAAACAGUGACUCGGGUAAUCGUUACUCGAGCAGAUGCUGAUAUGAAGCAGAUCAAAGAAGAGUACCAUCAGAAAUAUGGGGCUACUCUCUCCAAGAAAAUCGAAGAUGUAGCCAAUGGCAACUAUAGAGAAUUCUUGCUUACAUUGGUUGCAAGAGGAGACCAAUGA